UGUGCCCGACACGGCGCGGCUCGGUGCAUCAAGGUAAUCGGAGCGACGCGAGUCGGUCGCUGCACGCAAGCGGGUAAAUACUGUAUGUUUGCUCGGUUAAGGGCGUGCAUGUGCCGUGUGCAUGGCGAAUCCCACAGUGCAGUGGACGUUCGCUCUAAGAUGGAAUGCGGACAUUAAAUAUGAGCCAGCUGAGCUGUGGGGGCCGGCGCAGUGCAAAAAAAAAAAAAAAAAGAAUGCUGGAGCGAUUGAAAUAACAAGCGAUGCAAGUCCACAAAUGAUGGAUUCAGCUUGCGUAACCGUGCAGCAGAUUGUAGCGACACAACGCAUGUAAUUGUUGCCACCCCAAAUGUCAUCGCCAGAAUAAACAUACUAGGAAAGAGCCCCCCCUCUCUUAAUACGCACAAGUGCCGUUCACACACAUGUUCUUUGAGGGUAACAGUUGUCGCACGAGGUCCGAAUAUUAAUACGGUCUUAUUAAUUGGUUAUUUGCGGGCAGGCGUGAAGCAGGGGUUUUAAAGGGUAGUUCAAUCGUCACUAUUUAAACGAUGAUGAAAUGCAAAUACCGGGAUAACCAUACGACUGUUGCCUUAUUUUGACGGUUAAUACCUUAUUCUUCAGUUUCUAUUUGAAAUAAUCUUUAUAGUAUGCUCGGACAGCCAAGUCAUUUUGCAGCCCCAUAAAGAGCCUAAAAAGUUAUGAGGCUCCUCCAAACCCACGGCCUGUUGACCGGUUUGGAGUGAGUCCCAGAAGCUCCUGUUUCUUCUGCCCGCAGUGUAAUGAGGUGCGUUUUCAUCGGUAGGGCGCCUUAUUGCGUGGGAGGGCCGCCAACUGACCCCGGGGCCACGCACCUGCCUGAAGCCUUUGCUCGGCGUUGGUGGAAUCCCCACUCAGAGAUUAAGAGAAGUUCUGAAAAUUAGAAUAUACCAUUGUCACGCCAACGCUUGCUUUUCUCUCAACUCUCUGUUUCAUAUAUGAAACUCGUUUUCAUCUCUCUGAAUUAUAAUGUUUUAUAAUUAUAAUGUUUUUAAUUGAUAAUAAUGUUUAUAAUAUAUUAUUUUUCUAAUCGGAACAAAGCUAUUGAUCCCACUCAGGUCAACCACAAGAAAAAGAAAAAACAGCAAAAACAUGUAUUUUUUACGAAGAAAAAAAAGAUUCUGAACAAAAGCAGGUUACCUUUUCCGGUUAACCAUAUUCUCUCCUCUAUUAGGUUUUGCAUUUAUUACAAAAACCAUUGUCGAUUCCUCCUUUCACACGUGGAGCCCUCUUCAAAUCACACAUCUGGUCAGAGUGUGAUCAGAGUUUUCCCAAUGUGUAUGUUAUAAUGAUGAGAAUCAAAACUGUCAAGUUGCUAAGCUUUAGACUAACGACAGAACAAACGUACAUACAUGUUCUCCUUUAUGCAAUGCUAGAAUGCAAUAAAAAUAGUUAUUCCUCGGUAUCUCACUAUGAUACGCUUUAUAUUAUAUUAGACGUAAUUUACAUUCUUAGGGAGCAACUUCACAGGACUGACGGGUGAUUUCAUUUCCUGCUUGUAAAUCUUUAGCUGCCUCCGCAGCUACUUUGCUCGCUCGCUCCAUACAUAAUCCCACAAAGUCAGUGACUCAACUCAACCAAGGGUCAGUGGCUCUGUGAUUAUCCUAACGGAUUCACGGAUAUCUACCAAGAUCAUGCUUGGAUAGGCCUCGGCUCCCUGUGACCCUGAAGGGGAUUGAAUCCAGGAAAGUCCAUUCCCUUUGGGCUGUGAUGCUUUGCCAACAGAGCCUUACGUCUCACAGUGAUCUGUUCAAUUUAGAAAAUCCCUGUUUUGGAUUGUAGAAGUGAACUCUUCUAAAAACAAUGAGUCUAAACCAGUAACAAUCUAUUUAAAAAAAAAUUAAUUAAGGUUUGAACAUAUUUCAUGGCAUUUUGAGAUAUUACACCCAUGCAUUACCAUAAUCUCUCCAUCUGUUUUCUAUUUCAGUUUAUUUUUGUCUCACCAGUUCAAAGGAUGCACUGGUCAAUGAACACACUGCUGUUGCCGCCAUACAUUGAGCUGGGCGUCCAUUCUCUCAGUGGACUCCUGUGGACAUUCCUGCUCCUCUUUCUGUGGCACUGUUAUCGAAUGGGCUCCGACCUGCCCAUGCCAGGCCACGCACACGGGGGAAAGCUCAAGUCAGGCUCCAGGCGGUCCAUGAUGACCCGCGGCGGUAGCUGUGCUGGAACUAAAUCCAGCGCACGGUCAAAGCUUUUGAGAAGUGAUCAAAUUACUCCCUUUAUUUCCAUGGAAACAGAGGAGGAUGAGGAACAGGGACAGGGCUACCUCGCCCCGGUGCUGAGUCAUGCCUUGUUCCCUGGCCAGGCAUCUGCAGAAGCCAAGAAACGGUAUGAAGCACUGCAAGAGUACGCCAAGCGCUACAGUUGGGUGGGCAUGGGCCGCAUUCAUAAAGGCCUCCGUGAGCAGGUCAGACUGAACGAUCUCUCUGCCAUACAGAAGCCUCAUCUCUUCUUCUUGCCUGACGUCCCGAGUGUUCCUUUCUUUCCCCGAGAUGCUCAUCGACAUGACAUUGAGGUCUUGGAGGCAAACUACUCUGUUAUCUUUGCGGAAUUCAAGGCUGUGUACCAGAGAGGCAUCGACUCAAAACAAGGCUGGACCAGUCUGGGACCAAAGGGCCAUGCAGUGUUCCCUUUGUACAGUGCAGGUGUCUCUGUGGCAGCAAACUGUCGCUCCUGUCCGCGCACCUACCGGACGCUUCUCUGUCUACGCACGUUCAUAAGCAGCAACUCAUUGGGAUCUGCUGGAUUUUGGCUGUUGGGGCCAGGAGCCACGUUGGGGAGCUCAUACGGACCCACUAAUACGCGCCUACGUUGUCACCUUGGUCUGCAGACCCCCCCCCUGUGUGAGCUGGUGGUGGGAGGGGAGCCUCAGUGCUGGUCAGAAGGACACUGCCUCCUGGUUGAUGAUUCGUUCCUCCACACCGUCUCCCACAAGGGGCCUUCAGAAGCUGGACCGCGUGUCAUUUUGAGUGUGGACCUCUGGCAUCCAAACGUGGCUGCAGCAGAGAGACAAGCUUUGGACUUCAUGUUCAGCCCUGACCUCUGAAUUUGUUCAUGCCAACAAUACACAACAUGCCGGCAUGCCUUACCUUAGCCCUGCUUGUUGUGGGUCAUCUAUCUCUAUUUCCAGUUGAUGAAUCACUGUGUGAAUCGGCCUUAAGAAUUACACAGAAUUUGUGUAAAAAAUUACACACGCUAUUGUGUGGAUUGGUAUAAUACCACUAGAGUGCAUAAUGCCACUAGAGCGCAUUAUGCCCACGAGAGCGGAUUAUUGUGGACAAUAUUAGACUUACAUCCGUUACGAUAAUAAAUGCUAGACAGUUUGGCUGCAGACUACAAGCUGACAUCACUUAUAAGCACAAACAUAUCUAAACUACAAAAGUCUGGUGUUAAAAAAUAUCAUAUCUUGAUAUAAUACACUGUAAUUGUGAAUAUUAUUUGCAUGUGAAGCCAGUUUGUCCUGAAUGCUGGAGUUUGUUUUAAGCAGCUGAUGCAUGUGCACGAGCGCCUGGGAUCAGCCAGGAUGAUUUAUUUUGAAAUAAAGUAAGAUAAACUCAACCAAAAUACUGUGAAAACAUGAAAAUCAUAUACAUUACUUUUGAAUGCCAAAUAUAUACAAACCUUUGCAUACUGUGAUGAUUCUUUAUCUUCUUAUUACCUCUAUAUAUGCUGGUAUUUUUGUGUGUGUGUAUAUUUUUGUUAAUUCUGUUUUGCUUGGAAUCCAAAAAACAAAAAAAGAACAGAUAAAUC